AUGAGUCACGGCGGCAUCCACGGCGGCCUUAACCCCCCCACCGGCGUCCACAACGGUCGAAGCCCGCACAGCGACAGCCACGGAAACCUGAGCCCACACAGCGCCACCCUCAGCCCAUAUAUCAACGGCGCCAGGAAUGCGUCCCGCGCAAGCAUCAGCAGCACGUACAGCGUCUACUCGCACGCCAGCUACCACGUCACAACGCACGCACGCCCCAGCUACAGUGGUCCUACAGACUAUUUCUACCACGCCGUCGGGACUAGCGGGCCCCCACACUUGCUCGCGCAACACACCGACUCGGGGAGUUCCGCCACCAACGAGACCACCGGCAUCAUCACGCACCCCCGGCGCAGGUGGUGGCAGCGGGUGUGGCCCCGGGCGCGCGCGGUCUCGCCGUCCACGCAGGAGGGUGGGCAAGGGUUGAAACAGCGGCGGCGCAGGCUCCUCCGCAUGUUCUGCCUCCUGCGCCAAGCUGAACUCGGUCCGCACCGCAUCCACGGCCAUCGGGUGAAAGAGACGCCGCGCGUGUAG